AGUUUCAAGAUCAUUUUUGGACGGUAUAUACUUUGGUCAAUAUAAAUCCUUUGGGUAUUUGUGGUUAUUAUCGAUGUGCAGAAUCGUACAGAAUCGCCAAGCUGAAUAAUUAUUUACUGCUGUUAUAAAACCACCAUCUAUCAUUCGCCAAGAUGGCUGGAUUCACAAAACAAGGUCACGACGCAUCUGUUCAAUUUGUGAUCGACAAUAACGUCACUUUGGGUGGAGGGAAACUUCAAGAAAUUUAUAACAACAUCCGAGAAAUAAUUACCAUCAGCCGUGCCACCGUACGCUUUGGCAUAUUUGUGACCAGUCCCCAGUCAAGAAGGCUCGUUUCAGAUUUGAAGCCCAAAAUCAACACCAACAACAUUUGGCAGCAACUGAGAGGGUCGGAGGCCGCAAAGCAGACUAAUUUCUACGAUGCUUGGGGUCUGGCCCUUAAUGAGAUUCAGUAUGAUGAAAUGUCCUACUCUCAUCUCGUGUUGUGCACGAACGGGGUGGACACGACGUCCUUCAUUUACAAUCUGGACUCGGUUAUUAAUCUUUUGAACCAAAAGUUGGGGCGGAAUCCAAAAUUGCGAGUGACGCUGAUUCAAGCCGGGCCACGCAGUGUCCUUACGAACGCUCUGCAAACCAAGUGCCCGUUUGGAGACAGAUGCAGUUGCAUCACUGUUCAAGACUCGAAUGCUGGAAUUCGAUCCGGGUUUGAGCAAGUAAAGGCAUAUGCUAGAUUGGAAUUGGUGCAAAUUUCACCUUACACAGAAGUAACGACUAAUUUAAACGCGCUGUCCUUCGGAGGUUUAAGGGGCGCUAAGGGAGGGGCCCAAGUUCAGAGCUAUGCUGCUCAUAAUAAUCUUGGUCAAAGUGCAUUCAUUCAAAGCCACUUGGCUACGUCGGCUGCCGCAAAAGCAAAUUCUAGCAAAUUUAGUCUUAUACAAGCCUCCAAAGAGAAAGUCGUCAAUACGACACCGCAAUCGUACAAGGUCUGGGUUGGUAAUCUCCCCAUGGUAAACCAAUCUCUGAUUUUGGACUAUCUGAAACAAUGGGGUGGAUGCAAAAUCGAGACAAUUAAUGGAUGUCCGACACAGUGGGCAGUGGUGGCUUAUGAGAAUCAGAGUUCUGUCGAAUAUGCUGUCAAAUAUGGCAACGCUUCCACGUUCAGAGGACAAGUGAUCAACAUCAACAAAAUUUAAGAAUCUAGCAAUAAAUUUUUUUUGCACAAUGAUAAUUUUUAAUCUUGAUAUUUAUUUCAUUUAUUUUUUUUUACAUUUAACUUGUUUAAUUGUUUCAUACAAUAAGCUUUUCAUAAUUAAUCUAUUUAAUCAACACAUAAAAAAUCAACAGUUAUUAACGACGCAUCUUAACAGAUUUAACAAAUUAUACGGUAAACAAUAAUAGUAUGAUCCUAUUAAUCAAUUUGGGUGUAUGCACGUGUAAUUGGUCAAUUAUAAAUACAUAAAUAGUUUCUAGUUAGCAAUAGCACGGCACUCCUCGUACUUUUACUUCACUUUUAAUAACUACUUUCACAGGACCAAUACCCGAACGUGGUCGUUAGGAAUACAAUGAUUGUAAUUGCAAUAGUAAUGCAUAGUUUUAGGAAUAUUCUGUUUUCUAUUUCAAUUUUUAUACGUUUUUUGGCACUCGUCAAUUCAAUAAUUAAUAGUUGUGAAUCGUCAAGCCUAACCAUGAAAUAGAAAACUGUUAUUGUCCGCCGAAUUAUUUUAUAAAAAAAUGUUUGUGAAAUUUUUAAAAAGUGCAAAACAUGUUCCGAUAAUAAUAGGCCACGUAUUACUGAAAGUCUCUUCAAUG